AUGAGAAAGUUUAUCGAGCGCUUAUUGCGUAGUUCAGCGGGAAGCUUCGCGACGCCCGAGCCGCUCCCGCCGCAGGUGUGCCGCGCCCCCCGCCCCUCCGUUGUCCCCUCCCCCCGCCGGCACCGCGCUGCUCCACCACGCAGCUUUCCUCCGUACGCGCCCGCCAGUCGACUGUCAACUACGCAGGCGGAUGGUUGCCUCGUACGCGCGAAG